AAUGAGAACUAUGAAACCAAACAUGAGUUGUCAAACUUGUUCAUUUGGUUGGUGACUUCGAAGUUAUAUAAGUUUUAUACUUUCAUAUUGCUUCUUCUCAGAAACUCUACAACUUUCUUAGUUCUUACAAAAAUAUCUCAGAUCAAGAACAAUUCUUAGAACUUUUUGCUUUCGAAUCUCCCCAAUUGACAAUCGAAAAACCCUAAAAACUUAAAUUAUCGAAAUAACUAGAUUUAAUCAUAAUCAUGGAUUUCGAACUUCGAAGAGCGAGAGAAAAGUUGCAGAAAGAGCAAAAGCAGAGGAAAGAAAUGGCGAAAUUGAAGAUUGAAAGGGAAAAGAGAGCUAAACAGGAAGCUUCUCGUCGACGAGAAGCCAUUGAAGUUGUUCAACGAGCUCGUCGUCUUGAUGCUGCUCAAGCUCAAAUUAAGGCAGAUGAGCAAAUGGCUGAAAGUUUAUUAUCAGGAGGAGGAAUCAUGUUUCAUCGCGUCUUAGAACCUAUGCUUUAUCCUGGUGUAGGAGAUAAGAUUAAGCUACCUCCAUCUUGCUUCACUGAACUGUCAGAUCAAGGUGCAUUUGAUAAAGGGCCUGUAUAUUUUAAGUUGUCUAUUGCUGGUCGAGAGAGUUCUUCCGACGUACCUGCUGAUAAAGAGAAUCGUGGAGUGACGCAUUCAGGUGUGUUGGAGUUUACAGCAGAAGAAGGAUUUGUUGAUCUUCCUCCACAUGUUUGGAGCAACUUAUUUCCCUCUGAAGCACCAGCUACCCCUUUGAUUGAGAUUCAGUAUGUUCGAUUGCCUAAAGGAUCAUAUGCAAAACUUCAACCUGAGGAGGUUAGCUUUUUGGACAUACCAAAUCACAAGGCUGUCCUUGAAACAAGCCUCCGUCAGCAUGCUACUCUUUCUCAGGAUGACAUGAUUACUGUUAGACAUGGAGAGCUUGUCUUCAAACUACGUGUCCUUGAGUUAAAGCCCUCUCAAAGUGUUUCUGUCUUGGAAACAGAUAUUGAAGUUGAAAUAGUCAACCCUGUUUCAGCCUCAGAGAAAAGUGACUUAAAGGUCCUGAAACCACUAACUUUCGGCACACCUGAAUCGGGGGUUGUUGAGGAAGGGUUAUAUAUGUAUUACAAAUUCUCACUUGACAAUGAUGUGUGGAGUACGAUUGAAUCUGGCAAUGCCAGAAUUGAGGUAAAGUUAGAGGCAGAGACAGACUUGGGCGAUACUGAUCUUUACAUAUCCAAACAUCCGCUCAUGUUUCCCACACAUCAUCAACACCACUGGUCCUCUCAUGAUGUGGGUUCCAAGACAUUGAUUCUUAGCUCAAAGGACCAGAAUUUGGGUUUAGGCACAUACAGUAUUGGUAUAUAUGGCUUUAGAGGAACUACAAAGUACAAAUUAUUGGUUAACAUUCAGGAAAACACUAAACUUGGUCAGCAAGCUGGGCUGUCCACAUCAACUGCAGAUGUAGAUUCUGUAGAAUGUGGGAAUUGCAAGCACUACAUACCUAAUAGAAGUAUAGCUUUGCAUGAAGCUUAUUGCCGUAGACACAAUCUUGUAUGCCAUUAUGCUGGCUGUGGAGUUGUUCUAAGAGUGGAGGAUGCUGCAAACCAUGUGCACUGCAAUAAAUGUGGGAAGGCCUUUCAGCAAGCUGAGAUGGAGAAACACAUGAAGGUUUUCCAUGAGCCCAUUCAUUGUUCAUGUGGAAUAGUUCUUGAAAAGGAAGAAAUGGUCCAACACCAGUCCUCAGAUUGUCCUAUGCGGAUGAUAACUUGUCGAUUCUGUGGUGACAUAGUUCAAGCUGGAAGUUUUCCGGUGGAUAUGCGAGACCGGUUAAGAGGAUUAUCAGAACAUGAGAGUGUUUGUGGUUCCAGGACUGCUCCAUGUGAUUCUUGUGGACGUGCAGUUAUGUUGAAAGAGAUGGACAUCCACCAGAUUGCUGUUCACCCAAAUAAUUAGCACAUCUUUUCUUUUGUGCAUGUCUAUAAAUUGGCCUCUUUUUAACAGACCAAUUGUAUCUAUUGGAAUUGUAUUUUUAUAGAACCGAAAAAUUGGAAGAAAAAUAAGUGUAUUUCCGUCAUUUUUCAUGGGUGUUGAGAGAUCAUACUUCAAUUGGUUACUAAAAUUGAAAUCUUGAAUUGUAAGGAUCAAAUUUACAAGAUACCGUACUUCCUCUCA